UCGUGAAUAAGGUCUAUUGAUUGGAAACAAAACGAAGAAAAAUAAGGAAAACACCAGGAAAGUAGUGUAAAUGGUAUCAUAUGGGAAGUGGUAGGAGGCACGUCACAUGGCUAAGAAAAAGAACGCUUUGUUUAACAGAGACAAWGCUAUGUAAAGACCUAGAUGUCAAUCAAGAGACAAAACGCUUGUCUAAUCUAGGACUAGUGGAUAUCUUACAGCAAGAUCACUUCUUGGUAGAUAGAAAAGCGCACGAUCUUUUACGUCGACUCCAAGAGUUGAUGGCUCUUGAYCAGGAAAUAAACCCGCGGAAUACUCUGAUGAUAUGCAAGAAACUACAUUCUCACUUUAACAGUUACARUAAAGAACCUCCGUCAAAAAUGUCAGCGCAAAAAUACAUAUCAAGGGCGCUACAACGAAAAGAUAUAAAAGUACUUAAAGUUCUUUGUCGAGAUAUCAACGAGGAACAAGCGUUUAACCUGUUGAAAUCAGUAAUUUCUAGGAAUCAUAUCACUUUGCAAAUACUUUGCUUGGCAUUCGUGGGUCUGACAGACGAACUUGGAAUCGAUUUGAUUCUCAACCUGGCCGGUUACAACAGUUGUAACAUAUACUACCUAGGACUUAAAGGAAAUAACCUUACAGUCAAGUUUGUCAAAGUCCUUCGUGAAACACUUGAAAACGAAUACAAACUUCCUUUGCUCUGUUGGGUUGAGCUCCGAAACAACAACAACAUCAAUUGGUUGCCAAAAGAAUUGAUGGACCUUUUAAAGUUGAGAUGGGAGGAAAAAUUCUUCGAAAACAAAUUUGUCAAGCAUAGUCAUGGRGAAUCCCAAGUACUGCAAGCAAUAAAAGCUAUUAUUCAUUUGAAUAAUAGGAUUAGGAUGUAUGCUCCUGAGAAAGUUAACAAGAGAGUUGCACAUUACUGCGAUGRCAGUGACCGUGUACAUGAACUGAAAAACCCACAACUCCGCAAGRCUACAAAUCGUGUACAUCCGUUCGCACCCCUCCCUGCACCGUGCGGUGAAAAUUCACCGGAGAAAACGUUAGCAGGAAAAAGUAGAACAUAAUAGUACUAUUUAUAGGCCUUUAUAUAGCAGCCAAUAGAAA